AUCCAAUUAUUAGACCAAUCAGCAACUAGUAGAAAUCCGAAAGAACCAAUCGGAAGCCAGAAAAGAAACGGACGCCAUCUUUGAAUAUUGGAGAAAGCUACAGGAAAAUAUGGCUUCUGACAUGGAAUCUGACUCUGGGCCACAAAUUUCUGAUAUGGAUUCCCCUGGAAGUUCUGUUUCUUCUUCUUUACAAAGAGAGUACGAAGAGCUUUUAAAGUACGCUGUUGUAACGCCGAAAAUCCAGUUGGCUUCAAGCAUUUAUGGGCAGAGUGUUCCAGUGAAAGAUAUGGCGGCAUCAGAAACCAGUGCCAGUGGCUCGUCAACUUCAAGCAAUUCUUCGGUCCUGAAGAAAAGUUCUGAGACAACAGAGGAAUCACAUUCUCAUGCUAAAGAAGAUGUCAAACAACUGCCAGGAACUCCGUCUCUAAAAGUUUCCUUUCAAGGGCAAGGAUCCAUAGCAAGGGAUUCUCUGUUACGCAGUGAAACAAAUACAGUGACACCUGUGGUUAACACACCAGAAGCUGAACAUGGAUCAUCUUCAUCAUCACGAUCUCCUGUGGAAUCACCAGCUUCACCUGUACCGGCUUCACCUGUAAUAGAUGCUGACUUGGCAAGAAUGGAGGCAUUGUUGGACAACUGGUGUUUAGAACUCAAGAGGAAUGUUUUGGCUGAAUUUGCCCAGUGCAAAAUGGGAUUAUUUGAAAAACAGAAGCAACUUCUGAUGCAAGAGAAAAGAAGACACGGCGUUGAAAUGAACAAACUGAUGAAUGAGAUGGAGAGUCAGAAAGAGUUGUUACUGACUUAUGAACAGACCCUGUCUCACAAGGACUCCAUCGUGGCAAAUAUCACUGAGGCUAUUCAAAAACAGAAAGAAAGAAGUGAGCUGAUGAGGGCAUUUACAUUAUGGAAAAUAAGACACUGCGAUGAAAAGAGAGAGGGUUUUGCGUCCAAACUUGCUAGAAAACACUACAAACACGCUCUUAAAUUACGUGCAUGGAACGCAUGGCGAUCCGUUAUUGAAUCCAAAUGGAAACAGAGAGUAGAGAAAGCUUGUCAGGCGAAAGCUCAAGAUGUGUGCGUGAAAUUAACGGAAGAUUACGAAAGUCGUCUUCAAACGGCCAACCGUGAACUGGAGAUGGCACGAACAGAAAUCGCUCAUCUUCAUGCCGAGAGGGAGCGCUAUGAAGAAACCAUGAAAAAAGCUUUUAUGCGUGGAGUGUGUGCUCUGAACCUAGAAGCCAUGAGCAUGUUCAGGGAAGGAGAAGAGGGUGGACGAAGACCUCCGCCUGGUGCUUCAGUAAACAACAACGAUGCAGAAGACAUGCCACGUCAUCAACCUCCACUUCCUAUUGUAACGACAUCUGGUCCAACUGUCACGCAACCGCAGUUUAGUCACGGUCCCGCCAGACAGAGACCUCUAGCUGAUAAACCAGGCCCGGCGGGAAAAACUGUAACAGUGAAAGCUGUUUGCCGAUCAGAUAUCCAAGGACAUAAGGGAGGUGCAGGUCUCGUAGGUACCCAGGGACCUGUCAGUUCAGUUCUUAUUCAGAAGCAUUCCUCCGAGCAAGCCACGUCAGGAGCGCCCCCAAGUCGUCAUCCUCAUGGUCAGCGUGCACCGCCGACUCGGACAGCAAACACCAGAACGUCACGUGGUCCCACCGUACAAACAAUCCACACCACCCCUGUGAAAGUUGUGCACUGACUACCCAGUAUAAUUUGUUACUCCAGCUUCACUUUUUCACAAUUUCUUCUAGUUAUUGUAAAUGAUAGUAUAUUUUUAAGUAAAAGUAAUUGCACUUGUUAAUAGUCAUAAUCUAAUAAAGAUACUUCACAAUG